AUGAAAGAAAAGCUAUCCAUUAAUGGAAGAAGUGCAGGGGGGUUGCUUAUUGGUGUUGUUGUGAACAUGAGACCUGAUUUAUUUAAGGCUACUAUAGUUGGAGUACCAUUUGUAGAUGUUGUAACUACAAUGCUUGGUCCAACUAUUCCUCUUACAACUGCAGAAUGGGAGGUUGUCAAGAGUGAUAUUCAGGAUGUGAUUGAUAAAGAUGGUGAGGGGUUCACUAUGGUCACAAAAAAAGCUGGAAAUGCAGGGACUACUACUGUGAAGGGGUACGGUACAGGUGAUAUUCAUCCCAAUGUUUCUGGAAGCAAAGAUAGUAAUUGGAAUGGAGGGAAUAACAAAAGAGGAAGCUAUAAUAGUGUUAAUAAGGGUAAUAAAGGUUGGAAUAACAGAAGUCAUAGUGGGAAUUGGAAUAGGGGGAGUGUUAGCCAUUGGAAUCAUCAAAAGAAACACAAGUUUGUUGCUGCAAAUAAUAAAUCUUUCAUUGUAGAUAAGCAGGGGCAGUCUUCUCCUGAUUCUAUGGAAAAGAUAUCAGCAGAAUCCUGUCCUACUUCUGAUCUGUUGGUCAAUAAUUCUGACAGUGGUCAAACUGAGGCUAUAGAAUCUAAGUGUGAUACCAGGGUGAAUUCCAAUCUUGGGAACCAUGAUUGUUUAAAUCCUAUGAAUGACAUCCUUGAUACCAUGGUGUUGAAAGUUCGUGCACACAGUGAAUCUUGUAGAGCUGUUAGAUUUAUCAAUGAAGGACUUGUGAUCGUCACUGGUUCUCCAUAUUGUUCUAUUCUUGCAAUUGAUAUUGAAACAGGAUCUCCAGUUAGUUAUGGAUGGAUGUUCAUACAAUUAGGGGACAAAUACCUGCUUCAUAAACAAAGCACAAAAUGGAUCACAGUUAUGACAAUGGUGCCUCCAAGGCUGGAAAAGGGUGCCGGGGUGUUAGAUAAGCCAGUAAUAGAGAAAACAACUCCUGGAAGAGAGAAAUCAAGGGAAAUGGCACCACCAUAUAGAGUGAUGCUACACAAUGACAACUACAACAAGAGGGAAUAUGUUGUGCAAGUGUUGAUGAAGGGUGGAAAUAUCUCUGCAAUUACAUGUGAUUUAUCAGAAUUAUGUAAAGAUUGGUUAUCAAUUUUAAUGAUUAUUACUUCUGCACGAUCUUCAAUUAGCAUAAGACACUUGGAGAAAGCAACAGUGUCUACUGGAAAAGAAGGCUUGUUAUCUGAAGGGAAUGGUCUACUGGAAAAGAAGGCUUGUUACAUUUUUGGUUCUUGUUCCCAACUUUACUUGGAACAGGGGCCAAAAUUAACUAGAAUUGGUCGAGAUGCAGUUUUAUAUGUUGAGUCGCUCAUUGAGUCAAUCAUGGGAGGAUUUGAAGAGCUAACCAACAUUCUUGAUUCUGAAGGAGCUUCUACCAGAAGUCAGCUGAAACUACAAAUGGCUUUUGAUGGGCAGGAAAGAUAUAUGAAGAGAUCUUGGGAGCCAAGUGAUAAAGCUGAUCUUCACUUUGUCUACAAAGAUGUUGAAGGAGUAUCAACUCAAUGGGAUGAUAUUCAAAGAAAACUCAGGAACUUACCUCCUAAACCCUCUGCCUUCAAACCCGAUCCCUUCACUCCUGCAGAAGAUGAAGAUUCCAAAACUAAAACCAAAUCUCGGAUCGAUAAAAAGACAGAAGAACUCAAAGAUUUAGAAGAUGAUCUUGAUGAUAGUUGUUUCCUCAAAGAAUACAAGUACCUUCAACUCCCUUAA